AUGUUCCGCUCGCUCUCAAUUGUUUCCGCCCAGACCUUCCAUACGUAUUUAAUUCAUCCCUGGAUUGGGCCUCAUUAUUAUCCGGAAAUAAUAUAUUUUCUUUCUUUCUUUCUUUCUUUCUUUGUUAUCUCAACUGAUUUCAUUCUCAUUUGCUUCUUUCUCGUUUUCUCCUUUUGGUUUUCCCCAUCAUCAUCAUCAUCAUCAUCUUCUUCUUCUUUCUUUCUUUCUUUUUUUCUUUGGCUUACCUACCUUUAUUUUUUUCUUUUUCUUCUCUUCGCAUAUUUACCCUCUAUUUUCUUCUUCAUCAUCGUUGCCUCCUUUUUUUUUCUUCCAAUACGUAAUGUUCAGCAUUUUUUCUUCAAUCCCUUGCCCCCGUUUUAUUUCUUGUUCUAUGUUUUUUUCAUUGUCCCAACUUUCUUUCUCUCAGCUUCUUAUUCAAUCUCCCCCCCACCACCACCGUCCUCGUAUUCCACUUUUCUUUCUCACACGCAUUAA